GAGAGGGGAUGGGAGAGAAAGUAAGAGUGAGAUGGAACUACAGACAGUGAGAUAUAGUGAAAGUCAGACAAAAAGAGACACAAACAGAAGUUUGUUUUAUUUAACGACACCACUAGAAACACUACUGUCACCUACGUGCGCUUCGUCUCGUAUAUUCAUUUGUAUUCUCAGUGUACGGUGUUUAUAUGGAUGUUACAUCACAAGCAUCUCACGGAGAAAACACGUUGCAAACAUGAGCGUUUGGUGAGCACUAACUAAACGCCGGAAAACGUGGAAAAACUUCGAUUUCCUAAGCAGUGACAAACGCGCAAAGACAGCACGGCGUGCCAAACGCAAUCCGAGUUAUUAGCACGUUAUUUCUACAACGGAACCCGUGAUUCCACGUUCAGGAAUGUUGCCACUAAUUGAUGCCGUUUUAUACUGGGAUCGUACGAAAUCUGACGAUGAUUUUGCAUUACGUGAGCAGUGGGCGUGAAGUAUUUUGUUAUUUCACGCCAAAGAAUUGAGCACGUGGUCACAGAACCGUAUUGGGACUAUACCUCAAAAGAUCGAACACACUUUGGGACUUCAGGGUUAACGAUGUGGUUAAAGAAUUUUUAAAACUUCACGCUUAAAGACCAAGCACAUGGAUAAAACAAACAAAAAUAUUCUGAGACUUUAAAGGACACGUGAUCGGACACGUGAUCAAACACGUUUUGGAACUUCACGCUUAAAGCAUAACACGUGGUCCAGCACAUUACUUUAUAUGACAUCACGUUAAAGAGUCUGAAACGUCACAACCUAUUUUGGUACGUCACGUCAAAAGCAAGGCAAAGCACAUGGUCACAUUUUGGGAAUUCACGGUGACGAACCUUGGCACGUGAUAAAAACCUGAACCUGAAAAACCAAUAAUUUUUGUUUUGUUCUUCACGCUAAAGGACGUAGGCAUCAACAUCGCGUUGUCACGCUAUGGAACUCCGUUUGGGUUGCUUCGUUCAAGUUUGUGCCAUUCUACUUCGCAUUUCUCCUGUCCUUGCCACACGCCCAGUUCACUUUCUACAACGAGGCAUGGUCCUACAAGACAUGGAACGGAAACACGGACAACAGAGGAUCUUCGCAAAGACGAGUUUCAUACCGGAUGUUAGUGAUGACGAAGAUCUGAUGGCAGCCGGAAGUGGACUCAACCCUGUUGAUACCGAAAGUGAUUUGCAAACUGGGCCAAUUUCGUGUUGUAUGUUGGGUAAACUUGCUGGCAAAACUGGGUCACUGUGUCGAAUGACGUCAGACACGAUAGAUGACCGGGCAGGAAGGCGGAGUUUAGGAAUUCCCCAGAGACCGACGUGGCACGGCACGCGCCAACUAUCUCUGCUAUCAGCCUCGGUCGACGCGUGUGCCCCGGGCAAGGAACUAGAGUUCUACAAGUGUUGUUUCGCGGCAAAACGUGAGAGAUUUGAAUACAGUCAGUGGGUUAGGUCAAGGCACGUUAAAGUCGGCAGACGAUUACGACAUAGGCCUAUUACACAUGACCAAAAGUGACAUAAUAAAUGGUUUGUUUCGAAGAAAAGAGGAACAUAGGCUACUAUAUUUCCUCGCAGAGGUGUGUUUUGUGGUUUUACUAUAUAUAAAUAACAUACGGGUCAUUUGCAUGGGCAUUCGACAUUGGCGUCGGAUGAUGCCAGCAACUGAAAGGUUUUUAAAAUUUUCUUUAAAUUCACUUGCCAUGGGACUGGUGGAUUUUAAAUUCACUUGCCACGGGAUCGGUAAAUUUAAAAUGCUCUUUAAAUUCACUUGCCAUGGUACUGGUGCAUUUAAAAAUUCACUUGCCAUGGAACCAGUGGAUUUAAAAUUCACUUGCCAUAGGACCGGUGGUUUUAAAAAAUCACUUACCGUGGGACAGGUGAAUUUAAGCAUUCACUUGUCAUGGGACCGGUGAAUUAAAAACAAAAUCACUUACCAUAGGACUAGUGGAGUGGAUUUUAAAAUGCACUGACCAAGCUUAAAAAUUCACUUUCCCAAUUUUUAACCAUUGAUAAAAUAAAAACCAGUAAAUGAAGAAAGUAAAAUGCAUUUUUCUUGAUAUUCAAAAAACAAAAAGGCUUUGUUAGUUGGUAACAUCUUAACUAUGGCAAAUAAACUAAAGACGAUCACUUUAAAUUGUGUCAAAUAAACUAAAGACGAUCACUUUAAAUUGUGUCAAAUAAACUAAAGACGAUCACUUUAAA